AUGGCAACAUAUGGUCCUGGAGACACUUGUUACUACCACUACCAGGUUCCUUCUCUGAUGAUGGACAGCCAGUUUUCAGAGUUCACCCCAGAUAUAACUCCCAUCAUGCUUGCUGCUCAUACAAACAACUAUGAGAUUAUCAAGCUGCUUGUCCAGCGGAAGGUCACCAUACCCAGACCACAUCAGAUACGAUGCGACUGUGUUGAGUGUGUAUCCAGCUCAGAGGUCGACAGCCUUCGACACUCACGGUCUAGACUCAACAUCUACAAGGCUUUGGCCUCGCCAUCUCUCAUUGCGUUGUCCAGUGAAGAUCCCAUCCUCACUGCCUUCAGACUGGGCUGGGAACUCAAAGAACUCAGCAAGGUGGAGAAUGAGUUUCGUCAGGAGUAUGAGGAACUGUCUCAGCAGUGCAAGCGUUUCGCCAAGGACCUCCUGGAUCAGGCCAGGAGUUCUAGAGAACUUGAGACCAUCCUGAACCACAGAGACAACGACCAGAGUGAGGAACUAGACCCUAGACAGUGCCAUGAUCUGGCCAAGCUCAAACUCGCCAUCAAGUACCACCAAAAAGAGUUUGUGGCACAGCCAAACUGCCAGCAGCUGCUGGCCACACUGUGGUAUGAUGGCUUCCCGGGUUGGAGGAGACGACACUGGGCGGUUAAACUGGUCACCUGUUUUAUCAUCGGACUCUUGUUCCCGGUCUUCUCAUUGAUCUACCUGUUGGCUCCAAAGAGUGCUCUGGGAAGUUUCAUUAAGAAGCCUUUCAUCAAGUUCAUCUGUCACACGGCAUCCUACCUGACCUUUCUCUUCUUACUGCUGCUGGCCUCGCAGCACAUCGCCCGCACCAACCUGCACAUGCAGGGACCCCCACCCACCAUUGUGGAGUGGAUGAUUCUGCCGUGGGUGCUGGGCUUCAUCUGGGCAGAGAUUAAGGAGAUGUGGGACGGGGGAUUCACAGAGUACAUCCAUGACUGGUGGAAUCUGAUGGACUUUGCCAUGAACUCCCUCUAUCUGGCCACCAUAUCUCUGAAGAUAGUGGCCUAUGUGAAGUAUAACUCCUCUCGGCCUAGGGAGGAGUGGGAGAUGUGGCACCCAACGCUGAUAGCCGAGGCUCUGUUUGCCAUUGCCAACAUCUUCAGCUCUCUCAGACUCAUCUCCCUCUUCACCGCCAACUCCCACCUCGGGCCACUGCAGAUCUCCUUAGGAAGGAUGCUUCUGGACAUCCUCAAAUUUCUCUUCAUUUACUGUCUGGUCCUGUUAGCAUUUGCUAAUGGUUUGAACCAGCUGUAUUUCUACUAUGAAACAAAGGCAUCAGAGGAACCCAACAACUGCAAGGGCAUCCGCUGUGAGAGGCAGAACAACGCCUUCUCAACGUUAUUUGAGACUCUCCAGUCUCUCUUCUGGUCCAUAUUUGGGCUGUUAAAUCUGUACGUCACCAACGUGAAGGCUCGCCACGAGUUUACGGAGUUUGUCGGGGCAACCAUGUUCGGGACGUACAACGUUAUCUCACUGGUGGUUCUGCUCAACAUGCUGAUCGCCAUGAUGAACAACUCCUACCAACUCAUUGCUGACCAUGCUGACAUUGAGUGGAAGUUUGCACGCACCAAGCUGUGGAUGAGUUACUUUGACGAGGGCGGCACGCUGCCGCCUCCGUUCAACAUCAUUCCAAGCCCCAAGUCCUUCUGGUACCUGCUCAUGUGGCUCCACAACAAGCUGUGCAGGACAGGGCAGCCGCCCGGGGAGGAGACGCACAAAUGUGAAAACCUGCGGGAGUUCACGGAGCGUCAUGCCGACAGUCUGAGGCAGAAUCAGCACUACCAGGAAGUGAUCCGGAACCUGGUGAAGAGGUACGUGGCAGCAAUGAUACGCAGUGCCAAGACAGACGAGGGACUGACAGAGGAAAACUUUAAGGAGCUGAAGCAAGACAUCUCCAGUUUCCGCUACGAGGUCCUAGAUCUCCUUGGGAACCGGCGUCCUCCUCGGCGUAACUACUCCUCCUCCAGUGAGACAACGAAAGAUGAUGGUGCCAUGGCAUCUGAGGACGACAGCGAGUCAGGUGAAGGCACCGGAGGAGGCUUGGGAGUCCAGAGAUCAAAGAGCGUGACCUUCAUGACUCCAGCAGAAGACGACACAAAGCCGACACCAACGCUCGGCGUGUCUGCACUGGUGCGUUCCAUUUCUGGAAUGACCCAGGUAGAAAGGGGGGUAGGUGGGGAGGAGCUGGAGGAAGGUAUUGAAUGGGGGACAGAGGAGGAGGAAGAGGAGGGAAAACCAAAGAGCAAUGGGCUGAAGACGACCGUCAUCUCUCCAUCCUCCACCUCUGUUGUCCCGUCGUCAUCUUCAUCAUUCUCUUCAGCACUCUCAUCAUCACUCGCUCGUACAAGGAGCCGUCUGCAGCGCCUAUCAGGUCCGAGUGCAAAGACGGACUCUUUCAAACGCCUCUCCUACCUGUUCUCCCGCUCCAAACGCAAAGCCCCACCCAUGCCUGUCCCUGUUCAGUCCCCAGUCUCCUACACCAUCUCUGACGGGUUGCUCCGCCCCUUGGGGAGCCACAGCCACUCCGACUUCGGACUCAGCAACGUGACCAGAAGCGAGACUCACCUGAACGAGAUGGGCCGUUCUGUUGACAUCAGUAACCCGUCGUUCUCUCCUCGGAGAACGAAUGGGCGAGACUCGCUUUUGACACUGCCCCUCCCGCCCCCCUGCCCCUGCCAAUCCCUGCACUGUGCUUCCAACAUGUCUGAGUCCAGCUCGCGCCUCCUGGACUCCAGUGAGGACGUUUUCCAGGGUGGAGGCAUGGGAGGAUCGGGUGAUGGCAGCGUGGAUGGAGGACGGGGAGGAGGAGGGGUGAUGAUGAUGGGCGGUUGGGUGGGACCUUGCGAUGAUGUCAUCGAGGACAGCUGCGAGGUCAUAGAGGACUCCGUCACUACACAGCUAUAGGAGAAAGGGACUACCAAACUGUUUUUGUUUGUUUGCA